AUGUUCAUCAACUGGACCUUCAUGUCGGAACGGCGCGGUGGCUUCAUCUUGCCCAUGAAUGUCACGUAUUCCAAAUUCAAGCUCAUAUUCUUCAUCCUCAAAGGAGAAGAUAUGCUGGUCUGGUCGUCGCCCGAUCGAGGAGGACAGACGAUUCCUUAUUCGAGCUUUGCRGUCCUUCAACACCCCGAACUGGGCGAUCUACAGAGAUUCGAAGUCCUGCCGCMCCAAGCCAGCGCGGAACCCCUCCGCGAUCGCAUCCGAGGAGUGCUGCAUACAUUGACUCCGGAGCCCGCCAUUCGCAACGCGGUCAUGCUACAAGAGCUGGAUCCCGAAACUUGGCCCUAUGUCCGCCGCAUACUGCGGGAACCGGAUCUAGGAAGCGAGUUUCAAAAUUGGGAAUGUGAGAUGGAACUUUCCAUCAUCCUCUCCGUGCAGGACCUCUCGGUGGGUAACGGCCCACGUUAUAAAUGGUGGACACAGUAUCGAUUUGGAGCUGUGACGGACUGGGGGCAGAUAGUAUUGGGCACUACAAAUGCACAUAUCAAGAAAAUGUUCCUGGAGCAUCAGAGACUUUGGGCCGCAUAUCUGCAAGGGUUGACGGAGAGGAGGCGGCAAGUUCAAGUCUAG